AAUAAAAUAAGUGAAAGUUGGUGAGAGGUUUGAAUAAAGAAGUCUGUGAAAGAAGUGUGGAAGCAAAGCGCUGAUAGAGAAUAGCAAUGGCGUCUUGGGCUCUCUCCAGAAUCAGCAGCCUCCACAAACACUUAAGCCCCCAUAUUCCCACUCCAAAGGGUGAAGGGGUAGUCAAGAUAUCCCGAGAAGUUUCAGAAGCUCUGUCGCUUGGGAAACCGGUGGUUGCUCUUGAAUCUACAAUAAUUUCUCAUGGAAUGCCAUAUCCUCAGAAUUUGGAGACAGCUAAAGAGGUGGAGGCCAUAGUAAGACAGAAUGGAGCUCAACCUGCCACUAUUGCUAUUUUGGAUGGUGUACCUUGCAUAGGUUUAUCUCCAGAAGAACUUGAAAGGCUCGCUAUUCUAGGAAGAAAAGCUCGAAAGACAGCUCGCAGGGACAUUGCACAUGUUGUAGCCACAGGAGGGAAUGGCGCCACUACUGUUUCAGCAACAAUGUUUUUCGCAUCCAUGGUUGAAAUCCCAAUAUUUGUUACUGGUGGUAUUGGGGGAGUUCAUAGACAUGGAGAAAGUACUAUGGAUAUUUCUUCUGAUCUUGUGGAGUUGGGAAGGACACCCGUUGCUGUAGUUUCUGCUGGUGUGAAAUCAAUAUUAGAUAUUCCUAGAACACUGGAAUAUUUGGAAACACAAGGAGUUUGUGCUGCUGCAUAUCAGACCAGUGAGUUCCCUGCCUUCUUCACUGAAAAGAGUGGCUGCAAGGCACCUUGUCGUGUUGACUCACCCAAGGAAUGUGCUCGACUAAUAGAAGCACACAAUAGUCUUAUGCUGAGGACUGGAAUUCUUAUAUCAGUUCCUAUUCCAAGCGAACAUUCUGCUUCAGGAAACUUAAUCGAGUCAGCAAUACAGAAAGCUCUCAAGGAAGCUCGGGAGCAGAAUAUUACUGGCAGCAGUGAAACUCCAUUUUUACUUGCUAGAGUGAACGAGCUGACUGGGGGAGCCUCCCUCACUGCAAACAUUGCUCUUGUGAAAAAUAAUGCACGGGUUGGCGCUCAGGUUGCCGUCUCCCUUUCUCAGCUGCGCCAAGGAAGUUAUAAGGGUACCUAACGGUGCAGAUGUGAGAUCGAUUGGAGAAGCUAACAACUCCCUUAUCGCUUGCAAAUCCUUAAGCUUUCCAGAUUUCGUCCUCCGUUCUUAUCGAUUUUUUUGGGAUUAUAUGAUUUCUGUCCAAAGUCUCAUGUUAUCCACAUGCCAUUAUAAUACAAACAGCCCCCUGUUCUCAAUUACCAACAAAAUUUUGUAACACUGUUUUUCUUUCAAGAUUUUCUUGUUCCUCCUCUUGUUGUUGGUUAUAUUAUUAUUUACUAAAAUGAAGUUUCCUGUUUUCCACA